AUGCCCAUCCCCACACGCUCCGUCUCACUACGGGAGCCCCGGAAACCGGGCUCGAGUAUCGCACGACAUACAUCUGGCAAGACUGCGAGUUCGACGCAAACGCAAUCCCCUAUUCGGGGGCCGACUUCAUCGACAAACGACGGGACUGCUUUGUCGCGAACGAGCUCGUCGGCUGAGGGCAGCGUCUCUGGUGAUAAUACGCUGUCGUCUCGUGGGCGAACAUUUCUCCCCCAGCGCAGUGGGUUGAGCCGCGAAGAUGGGGGUGGCACCAUGCAGGCGCAGGUCCGGUUUCAGGCACCGGGUACGAGGCUGGCGCGUCGAGAAGGAACCUCGCCGGUGAGAUCGUCGCCGCCCCAGCAGCAGCAGCAGCAGCAGCAGCAGCAGCAAACUGCCGUUAAAGGUGAUGAAAGGCGACAGGCCCCGUCAACCGCUACUUCAGGUUGUGGUUCGCCAGCCCGUCGACAGAGUAUCCGACAACCAAGCACGUUGAAGACCGACUCGACGAAGGGAAAUGUUCCAUCCUUGUCGAAGGGUACAGUGCCCACAUUUAGACCACCAUCCCCGCGCAAGGCGCCGGCCCUCCGAUCGACUACUCAGAAUAGCUCAACGGCCGGACGGCGGGCUGUUUCACCCAAGCGCACAGAGAUACUGCCUCCUCCACGACCGGCGCGGUCCGCAUCCCUCAAACAGCCACGUGAGGCUGGUGCAUUGGGUCCCUCGGCCUCGGUUCGAGGUCAUGUGCGCCAUCGCAGUCAAAUAGUGACGCCGACUACGAAAUCAACGCUGUCUGCUGCGUCACCAGCAACUGCCACCCCUCGGGCACCGCUAUCCACCGCGCGAUCACAAACACAAACGCCUGCCAAAAGGUCUAGCAAGCCCCCUACUCCGACGCCGGGAUCUACAUCGAGUCCCGAUGGGAUUCUCAUCCCCACAACCUGGCCAGACAUUGCCUCCUUACAGACAGAACUGCUUCAGCUCAGUCUGUUUCACUCAGGCUCAUUGCAACAGCAAGCCGAAUGGAAAUCGGCCGCAGAAACCCGCUUACGUCAACAGUUUGAUGUAGUCACACACCAAUAUCGGUCCAUCCAGGUGGAUGAGCAACGUCGCCAGUAUCAGACCAAUAUGCAGUCCCUGGUGCAGUGGCUCCAGAACUGCAGUGGCCACCAGGGUCUCGAUGGCUUCUCCGAACAGAUCCAAAUUUUUUCACAGGUGCUCCAGGAAGUGUGGGACCUUGGUGCAUCGGCGCACGUGAGUGGACAGUACACACGAGUUGUCGCUGCGUUUGAGAAGUGGCUUGAUCGUGCGAGUGAGAUUUGGAAUCACCGUGACACCACUGGUGCAAUCGAUGGAAAUGCAUUCAUCGAUCGCCUCGACCAGAGCUGGAAGGAUGCCGUGCGCGCCUUGCAGGUCGAUCUCGAACUCUGUGCGCGUAGACUGCAGAGUCUGUGUAUUCUGCCUUCUGCUUCUUCUCAAUCUUCUGGGGGAGAUGAGACAUCCGCGCAAUCUGCCCUUGCUCGGGUGGCGGAGGGUCUGGCGGAAUCCAUCCGUCUCAUGAUGCAGGAGAUACGCAUGAUGAGAUCGUUGGAAGAGGAGAUCGUCCUGUCAGAAAAGGACUAUGUGCGCGACAAGGUGAACGAGUUGACCAGGUCACAAGUGGAGACGGAGAUGAGGGCGCCCCGGCUGGCUGCCUGGAGCUCAGGAGGAUAG